AUGGCAGAUCUUAAAGCAUGGAAUCGUAUGCCAAGCGAGGUAGGGUUGGGUGAGGCUGAAAAAGUAGUUCUGCCAAUAGCAGGUUUUAGACAACAACGGUUACACGGCAACGUUGAAACGUUUGUGGCUGUAAUAAACACUCGGCCCGUGCCGAUGACACCACAUCCAACUGGCUUGGGCAAGCAGGUUCACGGUUACUCCGGUCCUCCACCCGACUAUGGCCUUCGGAACAACAUAUUGUGGAAUUAA